GGGGGCAGCUCAGGAGGAACAGUCAUUAUUGCGCCAGUAUAACAUUCGCUUCCAGUUCUCUCGAACGAGAGGCAUCGAGUUUUCGAGUCACCAAUAUCCACGAGAUCCACGAUUUCACUAUUCACGCCCGGUUACAAUUCACGUUCCCUGUCGUGUCUUUACCACGGGAAAGGAGACCGCGUGGCCGCCCUGUAACGUCGAUAUACUCGAUCGAUUCCCGCGAUACGAUGAGAUUGUUCUCGGGAAAUAACGAAAAUGUGACGUGAAACUUGACAGAUAGGAGAGGCUUGGCAAUAACGUGACACGUUUCACAAUCGGCACGUUCAGUGUGGCACGUUCACUCCGUCAAAAUGACAGUGAGAAGGACCAAUUUUCACGCGUUCACCAGUGCGCUUGUGUCGGUACUGUGCUUGGUCCUGGUGGCGCUUCGUGUCAGCCAGGUCACCGGCCAAUUAUUGGACACCGAGUUUCAACCGACGGUUACAGCGACAUGCAAGGCCGGCCAUAUGACGAUACGAGUGAACCUGAAUCAGAGUUUCGUGGGCGCUGUCCACGCGAGAGAUUUUCGGACGCCGCAAUGCAUGGCGCCCGGAAACGGGUCCACGCACGCGACGCUGGCCAUUAAUCUUCUCGCGCCCAAAGGUUCCCCGGAUUACUGCGGCGUCUUGGUGAAUAACGACACCGAGGAACGAUCCAUCCCCAUCGCGGUAAGGAUACACAAGACGUUAGAGCUGGCCGACGAUAAAUUUUACGUGAUCACGUGCGGAAAAGCUGGAUUCAAAAACGCCAAGAAUGAGACCUCGCUUGUAUCGUUGCGCCUUUUGGACGGAGGCCACAAAGUGCAAGAGGCUAUUUACGGUCACAACUACACUUUGCGUGCUGAGAUCUCGCGACCAGAUGGUAUGUACGGGAUCAAAGUGAAAUCGUGCUUCGCGUUCAAUAAACGUAACUCUAGUGUGCAGUUGAUCGACGAUAAAGGGUGUCCCGUAAAGGCUCAGGUGAUGACGAAAUUCAUCUACGAUCGAAACACAGGGCUGGCGGAUGCGACAUUGUUCUCCAUGUUCCGGUUCUCCGAUAGUACGCAGGUGCAUUUCCAAUGCGACAUCGCCGUAUGCAGAGGAAGCUGCGGUAUCCCGGUCUGCGACGACGAUAACGAGGAAGAUAUAAAGGGAGCGUCCUUAAUUAAUAGGCAAAGCGUGAGCGGCGAGGAAGGAGUGCUUCUGGCCGGCACGAGCGUGUUCGUUCUUAACCCUGGUCAAACGCCGUCCGUUCAGUCAUUGUACGAGGAUGGCAGCGUUCACCCUGUAUGGCUGUUAUGGCUGGCGGUAGCUCUCGGCAUCCUGUUCCUCAUCAUGCUGAUAAUCAAUAUAUUCCUCUGCUCGGCGAUGACCUGCAGCUGCACCAGGACGGACAUUAUCGAGAAGGAGCCAUCGAUUAUCGAGGACUACGAUCCGUAUCGUAGCUGGCACGGAUCCCAAUACGGCUCGAGGUACUCCUUAAACGGGAAGCAGGGAUACGCUUCCGGAGGAUCUACGAUGAAUUCGACGAGGUCGAUAUCGACGAACAGCGACCACUACGCCAUAGUGCAUUCGAGGCCAGGGAGCAGAUACUCGGGGCCGGGGCAGAAGCACCAUCAUCAUCACAGAGGGCCGCCGUCCAACAUCGGCUCCCAUUAUUCCGGGAAAUAAUAAUAUUCAUCGAAUUUUUACAAUAACAAAAAAGGUGGAAGGAAGAAUAGAACGAACUGUUAUUUCCUAUGAUGUCUCGAACGCAUAAUUCAAGCUCUUUUAUAACAACGCAACCGCGCGUAACGGGUAUCUAGAUUCAAUGGAGUCAUUGCUCACGCUGUUCACCAAGACAAAUCAACAAACGGGCAGAGACGUGGACAAUGGUUGAUCCUUGACUCGAGGGAUAAAGGCGUAAGGACGCGAGAUGCAAUAAUUUGCUUAAUUACAGCCCCUUAACGAAGAAUAAUAAUAGACACUUGGCCACUUGUUCGCUUCGCGUUGAGGAUUGACUUAUCUAACUUGAUACGUCCUCGAUAGUUGAUAUUAAUGAAUCGGUAGAAAUAUCCUAGUUUCUUUUCUUUUCUUUUUUUUCUUCUUUUUCUUUUUCGUUAAAUAGAUCUUGAUCAAAAAAAGAUCAAGUUAUUUGGAAAAUUUUUAUAAUUUAUAAUAUAAUUUGACCUUCCUAUUAUUCUUUUUUUCAAACGUGUUGUCUCUGUUAUUAAUAUGAUAGUUUUUUUUUUUAAAUUAAUUCAAGAUUAAGUUUCUUCGUAUAAAUAAAUUUCUACGCGAUGAGAAUGAAACAUCAAGUAUCGAGGUAUGACAAUCCGUUCCAUUUAUCAAUAGCUCCAUACGUGAGAAAGUUUUUCAACUAGAUCGUAUUUGUAUCAUAUGAUAGUCAUAAAUAUAGGUACUAUUUUCUUCUUUUUUUUUUUUGUUUUUGUUUUUUUUUUUUUUACAAUUUUUUGCGCAAUAUCGUGUUUGAUUACAGACGAAACUUUUGUACAUAAUCGGAAACCAUCAUUCUUUGUGACCAACGAUAUCAGAAACGAUUAUUCUUGCUAUAUCUGCAUCGUUUCGUGCCGUCCAAAUAAAAAGUAUCGCGUACAACAAAA